UGCUGGUGUAUAGAGGCUCGAAAGCUUCUAGCCCGAAAAUCGAACGACGACGGGCUCACAUUCUUUUCGGCUCCCAAUCACUUUUCAGUCGUGUUUUUUCAAAGUGCACUCAUUUCCUUAUCAAACCCCUAUUUGAACUCAUUGCAGGUGUGUGUCGUGCAGUUUGCAAAUAACGGAUCGUGGCCCGAAAAGUGUCUUGUGUGUUCGUGUUGGUUUCUACGGCAACUCUAGUGGCGACCACCAAAGGACAGUGCUGGGCAGCCUGAGAAGAGGACAACGGCCACGUCACUUGGACGAGAGAUGGUUCCCCAAUGCCUCGAUCGCUUUAGAGCAACGACACAGCGAACAACAGGGAAUGGAUAGAAAUGGCUGCAAGGACGACUAAAUAGGUGAUAAGGUGCCCCCAACCAGUCGAAAAAAAAGGAAUCGAUCGAUGCGUCGAGUGGUGUUGCACGAAAGUUUUCUCAUAGCCAGCCCAGCAGUCGAAACGAUUAAAUUCAUUCGUCUUUUUUUAAUUUUGAUUUUUCCAUGACUGGCAAUCACAUCCAGCUCGCAUACAUAUUCCGUUACGUGAUUGUCGAAACGGACAUUGUUACCGACGUUGUGGAUCAUAGCCUCGAGCAGUUGAUUGUGCCUAUACAUGUGCAGCGUUGUUGUUGCUCGUACUCUCUGAGAGUUAUUUAGACGAGCAUUAUAAUGGCUAACAAGACAGCACGUCAAAAGAAACUAGGGCCGGCUCCGUUCGCCUCCUUUGAGGACUCUUUUGACGAUCUGUCCAGUCCCGAAUCGAAAGGCUACCAGCCCAUGCCGGAAAUUUGCGAGGAGCGCUACCAGCAGACGGACAAUAUCAACGACGUUUCGGCCUCCACUUCAACAGCACAAACGCCGACGACGCCCAGGAUCGACGUCGAACAGGCCAGUAGUCCAUCGCAGGGUGAAAGUGGCGAUUCGACUCCCGAGAGGGAGAUUUUCGGCCUGGACAUGGCCGCCGACAAUGUGACAUCGGCCUUCCUGGAAGGAGCGGCCGAUGUCGAUCUCCGAUCAUCCGGUGCCGAAGGAAUGGGCAUCCCGUACUCGACCAAUUCCAUCAAGGGAAGACUUUCCAGGAACUCGUCGCUCCUGGCAACAGGAGGCAAAUCGGCCCCGGGAUCAGUUGGCAGGAGUGGUGGACAAGCGUCCAGCAACGUCGCCGAGGCGCCGCCCGGCAACCCACUGGAACGGAGGGGGUCCAUGGGGACGAGAAACAACCAGCACGCCACCGAUCCUUUCGCAUUCCCGUGCCGGGAAACGAGACUGUCUUCCAUCUCAUCCAACGUGUCGGCAACGUCCGGCAUGUCGUUUCUGUCGGCCUUUUCGGGCCGUCGCUCGCCGUCACCGCAUCGAAUGCAGCUGGAAACUUCCUUCUGCGGACCCAAGACCUUGGCGGCCGCUGCGGCCAAAGAGGCCGAAGAAGAGGAAGAGCUUUUAGAAUUUGAGGCGUCACGACGCCCGUCUCUGUUGAAUCCAAACACUUGGCUGGGAGACGGGUCGUCCAGCAGAUGCGCUUCGCCGAUUGGCACUCCUUCAUCGCCCGGCUGCAUGCGGGCCUUUAUGUUCAAGUACGCCACAGAGCCUCGGUCGCGCCCGACCAGUCCAAUGGGCUGGUCGGCUCCGUCGCCGGCAGCCAGUCUCAACCCGGCCAACAGCGAAUUCGCCGGCCCGUCUGCCCGGUGGUUGGCCUCACCCAGAUGCCAGCGACGCUCAUCUUCGCCUCAUCGGACCCUGGUCGAAACUUCGUUCUGCGGCCAAAUGCAAAUGAAAGUGCCUGCUGAUGACGAUGUGGCGCCCAGGGGGCCUAGCCCUAUGCCCAGUCUUGGCUCACUUCUCUCCAUCCAACCCGUCAAAUACGCAACGGAGCCUCGAUCCAGGCCGGCUAGUCCCACCGCUAACAAGAGCAUUUUGAAUUUGAUGCCCGUAGCGGCCGCCGGUUCUCGACGCGGGUCUCAAUCGUUGCCGGGCGGGAAUCGCUGUGCAUCUCCGAUGAUCGAGACGUCCUUUUGCGGCCCGAAACAUUUGGCCAGACGGGACAGCAAAGAAGAUGCAGCAGCAGCAGCACCCAGUCCGGUUCCGUCGACUAGAGCUCCUAGCAGCUUAUCGACAAGGCCUUCAGAGGCCGGAGGCCCGGAAGGAUCGAUUGGUUUGAGGCCAAUCAAAUACGCGACUGAGCCUCGCUCUAGGCCGGCUAGUCCCGUUCCGUCUGCCCACCACCACCAGCCCAUCGUCACAGCGGCUUCCAUUUCUCGUAGUGAAUCGCCAAUUUUAAUCAACCGGACGGCCAGAUCCCCUUCGCCGCAUCGCAUGCGAGUCGAGACUUCCUUUAUCGGAGCCCAGCAGCAGCAAGUCCGUCAGCAGGAUUCGGUGGCAGGAGCCAAUUACUUGCCGGCGGCCAGGGAGGUUGACCAUAACGUCACUGAAGUUUCCAUCCACCCGCAGCCAGUCAAGUACGCCACCGAGCCUCGAUCUCGCCCAGUCAGUCCUUGCGGUACAAUUUUGAGUCAUCAUUGCCCGACUCCCGAUCGGGAUCGACGGCCCGUGCGAUCCCCUUCGCCGAUGAUUGUCGAGACCUCAUUCUGCGGAUCUAAACUGGCCGUAGAGGACGACGACAACACUCCACUUUCACGUCCAGCUAUUCAUCCGAAGGACGUCGAUCCGCCGGUCAGCAGCAGUCAGCCGACCAUGUCUGUUAAAUACACAACGGAGCCCAGAUCGCGGCCCAGCAGUCCCAGCCUGCGAUUGUUGAGCAACCACUCGACUCCAGUGCCCGACCGUCGAGUUAACCGAUCGCCUUCGCCUCAUCGGAUGCUGGUCGAAACGUCGUUCUGCGGAGCCAAACAAAUCCCCCGCCAGGAAAGUCAAGUCCUCGAGGCCAUCCAGCUGGUCGAAGCCGCUCUGCAAAGACGGAAAAAGGACGAAGAGGACGAUGACCGAUUAUCCAAUUCCUCCUGUUCCGUCUCCGAUAUGCCGGCCAUGAUGCGCAAUCAUCGGGAGGAGAAUAUUAAGACGACGCAGAGUAACAGCUCGUCGUCCAGCCUGAUGGGAGCGACGGACGAGAAUAAGCAGACGGUCGAUUUCGCCACCCAUUGGCCGGACCAAGUUGUGUCCGAGUUCGAAGCCACUUGGCCGGUUCAUCAUUUGUCGACGUUUGAAUUGUCGCCGGAGAAGAAAAAGUCCAGGUCCUCUUCAGAAGACACGGCCAGCCCGCCUUCACAGCACAGCAAUGGACAUAUCGCAUUAAUGCUGGCCAGCAAUAAGGCAGCCUCGACGGUCGCCGCCUCGCCAAAUCCGGUCCGUCCGGGCCGUCACAUGCCCAAACCGGUGGCCUGUCCCAAGCCGCCUCAGAGUUUCGUUCCUCAAUCCGAUUCGUCUGCCCAGAGUUCACCGUUAGCCUCUCCGGCUCUUUCGAGACGUUUCGAAUCGGCUUCACCGUCGCCAUCGUCUCCGUUCCCGAGCCGGCGGACGUCGGUGGGCAGCACUUUGAGAUCGAAUCAAGGAGCCGAAGAAGCCCAAACGGAUCAGCAAUCAUCAACGGCUAAUCGUGAAUUGAGCAGUUGGGCCAAAUCGGCUAAAGGCGGAGACUCUUCCGACGACAGUCCAGCACAUCAUUCGCAACCGGAAAGGACGGACAGCAAGAAAGACGGACACAAAGGCCGCAGCGUUCUUUCCGUGCUAUUUGGCAAGCGGAGCGGAAAGAGCAGCAAGUUAAAAGACCAGCAACCAGAACUCGAAGCUGUCGAUGAGAAAUUGUCAAUGGCGUCGUCGGCGGCUGGCCGUCCAAACGGCCAAGAAUCCGGAAGUCGAAUGUUGAGUCUGCCAUUGCCUUCGCGCGAUUCGUCACCCGGCCGAUCGCUGGGAGAUUCCGGCGACGAUUUGGACGAAGGCGAUGCUGGAUUCCAGCACCAAGUUUUGGAUACGGGAAACGAGUCGGGCGAUAAUCUGGUGGAAUCGGAAGAGGCCAUUCCGUCGGGUUCGAUUCAACCUCGCAAAGAAGAAAUCAGUUUCUUCCAUCAACAGGAUUCGAUCGAGGAGGAGUUGCCGUUCGUUCCGACAACUUUGCCAAUCGAACGCCCUAUCGCUCCGGUCAUUACGCCCGUCCGGAUGAGAAUAAGCGAGCUGAAAACAACGCCCAUUCAGCGACCCCGUUGCUCCGUUUCUUUCGGACCGAGUUCCAUCAACGAUUACGUCAAAAUCGCCAGAACGGAUAGCGUCAUCGCCGCCGGAGAAGAUCCAUCGUCGGGAGGAGUAGCUCUGGUGAUUCCCAAAAUCAAAGUUUCGUUACCGAAACCGGAACGGGAUGAAUCCGUGGACGAUUUAGCUGCAUCAGCCUCGACUGUGGCCGUCCCAGCUGUCAAAGUGACGGUGGGCAGCGUCUGUAGCAACUGGGAGGCGUUCUCCGAACAGGUUUUUGUUACACGGAAGCGUUUCCAACAUCAGGGGACGACGAGUGUUGACGAUGCGCCAGCAGAGAAUCAGCCGCCGCCGCCGCAACAGCCCACCAAAUCCAGUCAGCAAUGGAUCAACGUGGAAGAGAUUCCCGAACCUGUCAAAGAAGCCAAAGCCAUCAUAGUGAUGGUGAAUAAUAAAGCCAAAAAUAACCAAGAGUCAACUCUGGUGGUUCAAGCGAAUAAGCCGGAUGAAGCGACUGACACAAGACUAGAGCUGGAAGAAGAAGAAGAAGAAGAGGAGGAGGAUCCGGAGAAGAUAAAUCUAGUCCUACCAGUUCGGAAGGAUUCCGUCAGCAGUGAAACGGCGCUUCUGAGAGAGAUCGAAGAAACUGAAAUGGAAGAGGAUCGAUCGCCUCCGCCAGACGAUGACGAGGCAUCCGUUUCAAUUCGCCAAAGAAUCUCCCAGUCGAGUUCUCUGGCCGAAUUGGAUAACAACCUGGACGACAUGGAAGCCAACGCUCUGGCACAGUCCAAUUUGCUCUCGGUUGCUCCAUUUGGCAUGGAUUUGGACGUUCACAGUAACCGAAGUUCGGUCGUAGCUCCGAGUGAAGAAAUACCUAGUAGCAGUCCGGAAGAAGAGUCAUCCAUAUCAACCGAGUAGACGUUAUUAUAGCAUGGCGGAGAGGAAACGCGAAUCUGUCAAGCGGAAGAAGCGAAUAAAUGUCAUCUUCGUUUUAUAAUCGAUUCCUUCGCGUCUAAAUUACAAUUCGGCCAUCGUUUGUAUAUUGUUAUAUUAUUGCCAUAUACCCAUUGGAGUUAGUAUAAUCUAUCAUAUAGUGUCGAGAGAAGCGAUAACCGCAACUGCCAAAACAUGGCGCGGCGUGAUGUCCGCCGUCUGUUCGUUUUCUGUGUAUGUGCUGCUGCUUUCUAUAUAUCUGCCUCCGCCGCGCUGUCUUUCGCCGGACAACAGAACAAAUCCUGUGGACUCGGAACAAAUUCUCCCCCUAUAGCUCUCUCUCUCUCUCGUCAUCAAAGUGGCAUUGUGUGUGUGUGUGUCUAGUCAUCUGCUGCUGCUAGCCAGUCAAUUUAGUUCCUGCUUCUCAUUGGAGAGGACAGUUAAUAACUGCCAACCAACCAACAAGAUUAGGAAACCAUGUUGUUGUUGUGUUCAAAUAUAUAUAUAUACAUCAGUUGCCCUCUAUAUAGUAUACUCUCCUUGUGCUGUGUGUUUCCAUAGAGUAGCUUUUUUGGCCCUCCCCUGCAAUCUAAUCAAGCUAGAUAUAGGUCUUCAUUUUAUUGGCUGUCGUAACUGAAUCUAACGUCUCGUAAUGCAUCAUCAAAAAUGCUAUUGGAAAUGCCAUUGAUCAAAUCUAGUAAUAAUUAGAAUAUAUUCGUAAUAGUAAUAACUAUUUGUGUGUUGAAUCGAUAUGUACAUACCGUUCAUAUGGUUUAUACAUUCAGAUUCACGAUAAGAACAUAAUGAUAUCUAGUUCUCCCGUCAUCUCUCUUAUUAUUAUUAUUAUUGUCUUAGUAUUAUGGUUGAAACCUUUAAAUGAUUAUCUGGUGGGUUUGCUUUGAUUACUUGUUCGCCUCCCAUCUCCCAGAAAAUAGCUUCCAGUUGUGUUGUGUUGUGUUGUGUAAUAUAAUAGUGGAGAUGAUCGCAGCGCACCGGUUCGCUCAACAAACCGCGUUUGACAUUUCAUUUUCCGUGUGACUUUUUCCCGACCCAGAAAACCAAAAUCGCCGUUAUAUUGAUUUGUUGUUAAACUUAAACCUAUAUUCCCCUUUUCUGUUUGAAAUCAUUUCGUUUCAUUUUCAAUGCAUCUCCUACCAUCUCCCUAAUAAUAUAAACUGUAUAGGCCUCCUUUUUAUAACUGAUUGGGUGUAUUUUAUCGGUGUGUCACUAUAACAUGAUGUUUCCCCUUG